UUGAUUCAACAAUGGUCCUGUUUUUAGGUUGCCUUUUUUUGUAUUAAAGGAAUGUCAUGUGGACAACAAAUUAACAAAUUGGGGGAGAGGGGCGAACUACAUAUUUUCUUGAUACUUUAAUUUGAAAUGAUGGUUAUGGAGAACAGUUAUCGAACUUGCCAAGUUACCGUAUUACAGUAUAUACUAGUACUGAUACAUAUGACUUUCAUUUUAUAUGCAUUUCACCUUUGCAUAUUUGUUGUCAUGUAGUAGGCUAUACUUUAGUUUUAAUGAAACCAUGUUGGCCAACAAAAAUGGAAUUGUGCUGGUUAUUGUUGAAUUUUCUUAUUCAUUUUUUGUUUCGUAAAAGAAAAAGUUUUUCAAAGAGCUCCGAGCCUUCACCCUGAUAUUGAAAUAUUGUCAUGUUAAUCUAAAUAUAUGCACGACCUGAUGUGCGGGGGUCCACUUCACUAUAAUUGAGUGUGUGUGUGUGCGUGUGUGUGGGCAUAUACAUCUUAAAUAAUUAUAUGUAUUUAUUACUGAACUCUGUUAGGAAAUGAUAUAUUGGAGACAGUGUGGGUGGGGUGUGUUGGUUAUGAGAAAAUUGAUUGGCCAUGUUAUGAUUCACUCUCCUGCCUGUUGACAUCAUCACCAGGAUCCUCCCUCUUCCUCCCUCCGCCUCCACCCUACAUCCUCCUCCUCCUCCUCUUCUUCUUCCUACCGGUACUCCGUGAGCCUCAGCCCGGCGAUGGUGGACUCCGGACCCGGCGAGGCUACGGCGACGUCGACGUCGUCGAGGAAGCCCUUCUCGGUACCGGAGAUCCCCCCACUAGACCGCUGCGACUUCGGCCGCGCCAAGAUCCGCGCCAGCGUGCGUUGGCUGCUGUGCAAAUCUUACGGCUGUGCAGAAAAUGUGCCGGUGGAGUUGCGGGAGCCGCUCUAUAAGGACCAGUAUGACCAAGAGCACCUCAAACCGGCCGUCUCCAAGCUGCUCCUCUCCCCGGAGAUCUACUGCCGAGCUCAGGCCUUGCUUGCGCAGACACACGGGGCCCCCGCCUCGGCCUCGCAGGACUCGCCCUCCGACAACUGCGCCUUGCUGCACUUCCUCACGAAGAAAGGCGUGGCCCCGCAGGUCCAGGAUGUGGACGUCACCGAGGACGACCUCAGAUGCACACCCAUCAAGAUGAAAGCCCACCUGGCCCUGAUGGACUCGAUGAUGUCACUGGCCAGCAGGGAGAUCGUGCACAGGGUGAAAAUAGCGGCCGAAGCUGAGCAGAUGGGCGUCGGAGCUCCCUGGGAGAAUGCGCUGCUCUUCUGGGUCAACAGGUUGAACCAGAAGCUGAGAGAAAGCACCGAGGAGGAAGAGACACCCAAGCCGCCGCAGCAGAUCACUGACCCUCAGCACUCCCAGGAAACGCAGGGCCCGCCCACCCGUUGGUAUUGGAAACUCGUCCCCCAUGCUAUCGCUUUUUGUUUGAAGGAGUCGGGGAACAAACCUCCAGUGAUCCGCUACAGGAAGGACAAAGUGCAGUCCAAGCUGACUCCCACCUUCCCUCUGGUCACCGCGGUCAAAGAUUUGUCUAAUGGCUGCGCUGUAGCCGCUGUGCUGCACUUCUACUGCCCCGGCGUGCUUGCUCUCGAGGAUGUAUGUCUGAAGGACACCAUGUCAGUGGCCGACAGUCUUUACAAUCUGCAGCUGAUUAAAGAGUUUUGCGAGCGCACUUUGCAGAACUGCUGCCUCCUUCGCCUGGAAGACCUUCUUUAUGCUCCGCCUCUUCUGCAUCUGAACAUCCUGAGUUUUGUCGCCGAGCUGCUGGAGUGGUUCGAGAUCAAGAAGCCUGAUUUUGUACAACCGAUACAAGCCAUUGACCUCACAGAUAUUUCGGGUGUCGUGUUUUGUACCAGUCCUGUCAGUGGGAACAGCAACAGUGGAUCUCCUUUGUUCGUCUUCAAACAACCUUUUGUGACCGUCCCCUCCCCAGUAUCACCGGAAAACAAAAGCUGGACAAAGAAACAAAUCAGUCGUCCUCUGUCCGCAGUGACUUUCAGCAUCCCAUUUGGGCUGGACAGUGAUGUUGAUGUUGUCAUGGGCAACCCAAUAGAUUCUGUCUUUCGCUCUGUCAGCACGGACAGCCCGGGCGCCAGCAUCCCGGCGCCGACUUCGCUGGCGGGGAUGACUCGCGUAGCCAUCAGCCCCCCGGAGGACCUCAGUCACCUGGUCAGCGCUUCGGCACCAUCGCAGCGGUCUUCUUGGGGGCCCUAUGCGCAGCUGGGAGAGCUGCCCGCCGUCGAAGAGGCAUUACACGCGGCCCCGGGCAGUAAGGAUCGAAACAAGGGAAGGACUGCAGAGAAAGAUGCGAAGGGAGUUUUGACAACAAGACCGGAACCUAGGUUAUGUCCCGAGGGCGCCCCUGCCGGUUUCUUCCUGCACUCCCCGUUGGAGGAGACCCCUCAGCUCAGCAGUUCCGUCCCUUGCCACUCGGGAGUCAUUUAUCGGCCGCUAGGUGGAGACGCGAGUAAUAGCGGUGGGAGGAGUCGGAGGAAGGAGAGCCAAUCGCGGGCAACCGAUGGCUCUGUCUUGCGAGACGGCAGCGUUGACUCGUCGGAGGCGUCCGACAACGCCCCCCGAAACGCCCCCGGUAAUAUGCGACCCACUAAAAAUCAUCAGGGACACGACGGCAGCCCACGCAUGACAAGCUUUGCGGAGCGGCGGGAUAACAGAAGAAGACAUCCCGUCGCUUCUGGGGAAGACUUUACCACUCCUCUGACUCCAACGACCCCGGGAACGCCGCGCACUCCCUCCGCGCCAGCGGGAACUCCCAGUCAGAAGGAUAGCCCUGACCUCCGAGGUCCCGAGCCGGGUCCGGAGGCCCGGGAGCUGGGAGCUCGCCUGGAGGAAAAACGCAAAAGCAUCGAAGCCCAAAAGAAACGAAUCGAGGCCAUCUUUGCCAAGCACAGACAGAGGCUCGGAAAAACGGCUUUCCUUCAAAUGAAACGAGAACAAGGGGAGGGUUGGGGGGAGGGAGCGGAGAAGAAGAACCUCUCUCUGGAGGAGCGCCUCACCCUCAUGGAGGAGCAGCUGAAAAAGGAGGACAAAGGCAAGGAGAAAGCCGAGCCGUCCGUCUCCGAGCCUCCGCGGCUGGAGAAGCAAGUCAAAUUCUCCAUGGACGGCAAAGCGGGGCAAGAGAAAGAAAAGGCAUCGGAGAAAGAGAAAGGGGGCGAUGCCAUUCUUGUGGAGUACAAUGAAAUUGUCCAGAAACUGAGUGAAGCUUUGCACUCACUGCAGAAGGACAUGCACAAGUUAACGGAACAGCAGCAGCAGCUUCUGGGCAACCAAAGACCAAGAAGCUCCCAAAAAGUCAACCCAAAAUCCAAACCGAAAGGUAACACGAAGGCGCUCGCCAAAACCCCUCCUCCCACACCCGCAAAGACGCCCCCGAGAACCCCUACCGAGAAUCCGGCCGCGAGCGGCAGCAAAGCCCGGAUGAUUCCACCCGGUCCCAAAACGUCCUCGGUGUCGUCGCCGUCCCGACGGAGCCGCGCUCUCCCUGCGGCGACUCCGCCAAAAACAAUCGUCUCCUCCUCCUGUCCGGCCCCCAGCACCAAGAUCCACAUCUCGUCAGCCCCCCGCAGUCCCAAACGCCAACCGAGAACGCAAACUCACCCACGACCCUCGGAGCUCAAGUUCCCCCCUCUCAGUCGCGUUUUGACUCCAACUCACACGGUGGACACCCUCCCCCACUUGCGAAGGGCGUCGCCCAGCAAGUGUCAAGUGCAGACAACGUCGUCCUUCCGCAUCGGCGGACUUCGAACUCCCCGGGAGGUUUCUCAGCCUGCGCCGCGGCCCGACGACAGCGCCUCAGACACGGCGUCCAGCGAGACGCCGACCCAGUUCAGCCUGGAGCUGGAGCAGGAUGAUGCCGAGGCGGCCGCGGCGCCCGUGCCGCCUCUCCCGAGGGUCCCGAGUGGCAGCGGCUCCGGAGCGCCUUCGGAAUGCUCUUUUGAGAGCGAGACGUUCUCGAUUUCUGCCGCAUACGCCACGGGACAGGCCGGGGGCAGAGCCGCAGGUGCCGAGAAGCACCGCGGUACCAUCGAGGCGUCGCUCUCCUCCCUCGGAGGACCGCAGGAGGGAGGCGGUGAGGAACCGACGGAUGAGGGGCAGGACUUUUCUUCCGAUUCCAUGAGUGACCAACUGGAAUCCGCGGCGGAGCCUGGACUCGUGAUCGCUUCCGGUGCCGCGGCGCAGGCGGAUUCAGCCACGGAAGCUGGGAACUCUUCGGAAACGCAAACGGAAUCCAGUGACGGCCAAGCAAAAACCGAUCCCGCGGACCCACUUGAAGAAAACAGUGAGCUUGGAGCCAGAGGAGGGAUAGGAUUCUUUUUUAAGGAGGAUGUCGACAACGAAGAGGAGAUGGCCCAACGGAAAGCUCUCCUCUUGGAGAGGCAGCAACGGAGAGCCGAGGAGCUGAAGAGGAGGCGACAGGAGCAAGAACGUGAAAAAAAAAUGGAAUCGUCAGACAAGACUGCCUCUUCUCCUGCGAACACACCUCCUAUUGGCAACACCUCCCCCUCUCCCACUCCUCCGGUCACUCCAGCCCGACGUGGAGAUUUCACGCGAGCCGAAUAUGCCCGGCGGCAGCAGCUGCGGAUCAUGGACGACCUGGACAAGAUGCUGCAGCAGAAAUCACCUAACCAGGGACGAUCACCCAUCAGGAGGGCGCGAACGCGGGCACGGCCUCGCAGCGUCACCAGGGAGGAAACGAAGCUGUCUCUGAGCCCCGCCAAAAACGCCACCCCCCCGAAGAUGACCAAAUCUCACUCGUCACUCAACCUGGCCGCCACAGAUGUGCCGGGAAACGAUGAUGGCGAUAAGAAAAUCCAAAGCCGACCCGAUUCACCUGCUGGAUGCGUGACGCCGAGCAGAUUUGCGAAACAGAAUGGAGAUUGGGAGACCGGUUCAAAUGGAACCCCGCCUGCCCUGGAAUACACAGGUCCAAAGCUCUUCAAAGAACCAAGCUUCAAGUCCAACAAGUUCAUCAUCCAUAACGCUUUGUCUCGCUGCUGCUUGGCCGGAAAGGUCAACGAGCUCCAAAAGAACAAAAUUGUCGAGGAGAUGGAGAAGAGCCCCGCCAACCACUUCCUCAUCCUCUUCCGAGAUGCCAGCUGCCAGUUCCGCGGCGUCUACACCGCUAACCCUGAUUCUGCGGAGCUCGUGCGCUUGGCCGGUGUGGGCCCCAAGACGAUAAGCUCGACCCAGGUGGAGUCCAUGUACAAGUACAGCUCAGACCGCAAGCAGUUCAGCGCCAUCCCAUCCAAGACCAUGGGCAUGAGCGUGGACGCGUUUACCAUACCUGGACACCUGUGGCACAGCGGAGGGGGGGCGGCUGCAACAGGAGGAGGAGGCAGCAGGAGGGCAAGCGUCACGAAAAAGGUGCUCGUUUCCAAGUGAGCCCCACCUUUUUGCAUAUUGUUGACAUAUCGGAUUUGACUUUGCAGUGCAAUUCUCAACCUGGCGAGAUUGUCAAAUGCUAAUAGUUUCUUUCAACGGCAGAGUAAGAAGUCGCCUGAUUUCAAAGGAUAGCCAAGCCAAUAUAAGACGUCCCGGGCAAGCUUUUAUCCAUCCAUCCAUUUUUUUUGCCCGUUCGGGUUUCAGGUGAGCACGUGUGAUGCCCCAAACACCUGACAACUAUUAAUAAUAAAUUGGUUAUAUGUUGAUAUUGUCGAUGUUUCCUAGCUAUGCAAAUAUGCAAAUACAACACAGUGUUGUCUUGAGAUAUGACUGACCCGAGUUUUGGGAGAUACGAGCCAUUAAUCAGCUUUUUUUUCUUGCUUUGACUUUUGAACGAUGCUCAUUUCAACUUAUUUCGCAAGAAGCAGCAGUUGGUAGAUGCUGAACAUUUUAUCUGGUGCCAAAACAUGUGAUAUGACGGACUUUUUGUCGCGAACACGUGCAGGGGAAAGUUGCUUCUUCUGCUUAGGAAAUGUUAGAAAUACAUUUUUUUGUAUUAUUUUUAACCACAGUUCGACUGAUAACCUGGUAAGCCAAACUCUUGAUAAUGUAAAUGCUCUGCAAUGGGCUCAAUUUUAAAAAUGGAGCGUGUCGUAUUUAGCCCACGCACCAUAUUUUGUCCACACCUUCACCAGAAAAUAUGUUUGUAUUUGUUUGGGACAUCAAAUACAUCUAAGGUGAAUGGUGGUUGCCUGUGUGAGUGAGUGAGUGAGUGAGUGAGUGAGUGAGUGAGUGAGUGAGUGAGUGAGUGAGUGAGUGAGUGAGUGAGUGAGUGAGUGAGUGAAAGAGAGAUCUAACUAAUGUAUGUUUAUGCCCCCCCCCAAAAAAAAAAAAAAACCCUGAAAACGUGAUGUUCCUGGUUGCAAAAUGGAGCGAUUUUGUACGUUGACACGAAAGGACUUUAGCAUUGUGCUCCUUUGGAGUGCACGUGAAUAAAGUGGUGCUUUGCAAAAAGGACUAUCGUGUGUGAAGUGACGGAUUAAACUCUUCUUCAAUCAAAA